AUGUUCUCUGCCGCCAGCUCCAUAUUUCGCCGCCGCCCAAACCCCACGGCGGCUGUCCCCCAGGCUAGCUCCUCUGAGGUGCCCUUCUACUUUAAUGCUGCCUACUACCCAAACUGGAGGAUCUACCAGAAACAACCUCCGUCAUCCCUCCGACUGGGGUUCAUCUCGCACGUGUUCUACGCAUUUGCCUGGGUGAAGGAAGAUGGCACCGUUUAUUUGAGUGAUGAGUGGGCCGACACACAGAUGCCAGUGGACGGAACGGAAGGUUGCCUGCGGGCAUUUGUUCAACUGAAGCAGCAAUACUCCAAGAUGAAGGUUAUCCUCUCUGUUGGAGGCGGGGGCAAGGGAAGUGAGAACUUCGCUGCCGUCGCCCACAGUCGCUCGCAACUGGACACCUUCGUUCAGACUGCCAAGGGAUUGGUCGACCAGUUCGGACUGGAUGGCAUUGAUGUUGACUGGGAGCAUCCCACGGAUGCAAAGCAGGGCAAAGACUAUAUCCGUCUCUUGGCCCGGCUGCGUGAAGUGCUUCCUGCCCCGCGAUACGUACUGGCUUCGUGUCUCCCCGCUAGCCAAUGGGCAUUACGCCAUAUCGAUCUUGCUACUGCUCAAAACUACCUGGACAUGCUGAAUCUCAUGGCCUAUGACUUCUCCGGUCCCUGGGCACCCGAGACGGGCCACCAAGCACAACUGUACGGGUCAGCAUCAGUCAACUCGGGCCAGUCAGCGGUCUCGUAUGUGCUGGCACAAGGCGUCAACUCCCAGAAGAUCAUCCUCGGUGUUCCAGGGUACGGACGCUCUUUCCUAGGCAGCAACGGACCCGGUCAGCGAUAUACUGGCUGCGGAGGCGAGGACGGUGUGUUCGACUAUCGUGAGUUGCCACGUCCGGGGGCCAAGGAAUUUCAUGACAAACAGGCCGGAGCAGCGUACUGCGUUGGCGACGACGGUGGUUUUGUGACGUACGACACACCAGCCACGGUGCAGCAGAAGGCCGAGUUUGCCACCACAUUGAAGCUCGGAGGACUGUUCUACUGGCACAUCUGCUCGGAUGCUCGGGGACCGCGUAGUCUAAUUGAGACAGGCUACAAUACGCUGCAUGAGAUGUGA